AUGGACGCUCCAUCCCAGGUAAAGGUCAUCUUCACGACCGACGAGCCCGACCUGGAGCUCCCCGAGUCGAAGCAGCAGCUCCUCGUACCUUCGGACAUCAAGCGCUAUGGACUCUCGCGCAUCCUCAACUCCGAGUCGAUGCUGGAGACGAGCUCCCCGGUGCCGCUCGACUUCCUCGUGCCCAACGGGACGUUCCUGCGCACCAGCAUCCAGGAGUACCUCUCGUCCGAGGGACUGUCGUCCGAGACGACCCUGGCGCUGCGCUACGUGCGCAGCCUGAUCCCCCCGGUCUACGAGGCCAGCUUCGAGCACGAUGACUGGGUGGGCGGCGUGGACGUCCUGUCCGGGUCGUCGCCGGCGGGGCUGCUGCCCGGCCAUGCUGCCGCCGUCCCCGAGAGGAUCGCCAGCGCGUCGUACGACGGGCUGGUCAGGGUCUGGAACGCCUCGGGCGAGACCGUGGCCGUCUCCCCCACCGCCAGGGCCGGGGGCCACACGCAGAGGCUCGACGCCGUCCGCUGGCUGUCGCCCCGGCAGCUCGUCUCGGCCGGCCUGGACCGCAAGAUCGUCGUCUGGGACUACGCCGAGGACGAGACCGGCUUCAGGGGGACCCUCAAGCCCACCAUGGAGCUGUGGGGCCACGGCAAGGCCGUCAACAGCCUCGCCGUCAACGGGUCCACCGGCCGCGUCCUGUCCGCCUCGUCCGACGGCCGCGUCGGCCUCUGGUCCUCGUCCAAGCGCACCGCCCCUCAGCCGGACCCGGACUCCCUCCCCUCGGCCGUGACCGCCAAGAAGGCCAGGCUGUCCGGAAUGUCGUCGUCGUCGUCGUCCGCCACGGCCGCCCAGAGGGGGCCCCUGGCCAUCAUGAGCCUGCACGACGAGCCCGUCACCGCCGCCGUCUUCCACCCCUCCGACCCCACCGUCGCCUACACGGCCUCCAAGGACAAGUCGGUCAAGACCGUCGACCUGACCACCCAGCGCGAGGUCUCGCGCCUCGUCACCCUCCAUCCCAUCAUGUGCGCCGCCGCCCUGCCCAACGGGCUCGUCGCCGCCGGCUCCUCCGCCCGGCACAUCACCCUCCUCGACCCCAGGGAGUCCGCCACCGUCACCGCCGCCAUGACCCUCCGCGGCCACGUCAACAUGGUCUCGUCGUUAUCCGCCUCCCCGGACAACGACUACUCCCUCGUCUCCGGAUCCCACGACUCCACCUGCCGCGUCUGGGACCUGCGCAGCGUCCGCCCCGCCGGCGUGCGCGAGGACGAGCCCGGCACCGCCGCACGCGUCAGCGGCCCCGUCUACACCAUCGGCAGGGAGUGGUACAAGGGCGCCAAGCUGCCCCCCGCCGGUGAUGGCGCCAAGGUCUUCAGCGUCGUGUGGGAUAAGUCCUGGGGUAUCGUGAGUGCAGGGGAGGACAAGAAGGUCCAGAUCAACAGAGGGAGGAAUCUACUAAGCUCGUGA